AUGGAUCAGCUCGGGAGAGGAGUGUCCUCAGAACUGAAUAAAUCUCCACAGGCAGACUCCACGGGCCAUUGCGACUCGGCGACCUUCUCCAUACGGUGCUCAUCGCGACCCGGCGACCUUCUCCAUACGGUGCUCAUCACAACUCGGCGACCUUCUCCAUACGGUGCUCAUCGCGACUUGGCGACCUUCUCCAUACGGUGCUCAUCGCGACUCACAGAGUGUCGCGUUACGGGUCUCAUCGCGACUCGGAGAGUGUCGCGUUACGGGUCUCAUCGCGACUCGCAGAGUGUCGCGUUACGGGUCUCAUCGCGACUCGCAGAGUGUCGCGUUACGGUUCUCAUCACGACUCGUGAGUGUCGCGUUACGGGUCUCAUCACGACUCGAGAGUGUCGCGUUACGGGUCUCAUCACGACUCGAGAGUGUCGCGUUACGGUUCUCAUCGCGACUCGUGAGUGUCGCGUUACGGGUCUCAUCGCGACUCGUGAGUGUCGCGUUACGGGUCUCAUCGCGACUCGAGAGUGUCGCGUUACGGUUCUCAUCGCGACUCGUGAGUGUCGCGUUACGGGUCUCAUCGCGACUCGAGAGUGUCGCGUUACGGUUCUCAUCGCGACUCGUGAGUGUCGCGUUACGGUUCUCAUCGCGACUCGUGAGUGUCGCGUUACGGGUCUCAUCGCGACUCGUGAGUGUCGCGUUACGGUUCUCAUCGCGACUCGUGAGUGUCGCGUUACGGGUCUCAUCGCGACUCGAGAGUGUCGCGUUACGGGUCUCAUCGCGACUCGAGAGUGUCGCGUUACGGUUCUCAUCGCGACUCGAGAGUGUCGCGUUACGGUUCUCAUCGCGACUCGAGAGUGUCGCGUUACGGGUCUCAUCGCGACUCGCAGAGUGUCGCGUUACGGGUCUCAUCGCGACUCGCAGAGUGUCGCGUUACGGGUCUCAUCGCGACUCGCAGAGUGUCACGUUACGGGUCUCAUCGCGACUCGCAGAGUGUCACGUUACGGGUCUCAUCGCGACUCGCAGAGUGUCGUGUUACGGGUCUCAUCGCGACUCGGAGAGUGUCGUGUUACGGUUCUCAUCGCGACUCGGAGAGUGUCGUGUUACGGGUCUCAUCGCGACUCGGAGAGUGUCGUUUUACGGGUCUCAUCGCGACUCGGAGAGUGUCACGUUACGGGUCUCAUCGCGACUCGGAGAGAUCAUUGUGACACGGUGCGCUUUUCGGGACGUGGAGAUCGGUACAAUUGCCGAUCGUCAACGCGAGAGCAGCACUCAGUUGCACGGCCUUUCCAAUGGCUUACUCGUUAAACCAAAGAAUUCAUGGCUUCAUUGAGACGAUACACGCGUGGAGCCAAAGAAUUCACGGCUUCGUUGAGACGAUACACGCGUGGAGCCAAAGAAUUCACGGCUUCCUCGAGACGAUACACGCGUGGAGCCAAAGAAUUCACGGCUUCCUCGAGACGAUACACGCGUGGAGCCAAAGAAUUCACGGCUUCCUCGAGACGAUACACACGUGGAGCCAAAGAAUUCACGGCUUCCUCGAGACGAUACACGCGUGGAGCCAAAGAAUUCACGGCUUCCUCGAGACGAUACACGCGUGGAGCCAAAGAAUUCACGGCUUCCUCGAGACGAUACACGCGUGGAGCCAAAGAAGUCACGGCUUCUUUGAGACAAUACACGCGUGGAGCCAAAGAAGUCACGGCUUCAUUGAGACGAUAUAGGCAUGGAGCCAAAGAAGUCAUCCCGAUUAUUUUUAAGCAUUAUAAAUAAAAAAUGCAUGAAAAAAAUGGUGUGUCUAAUUUUUUUUUAACAAAAUUCCCCUUAAGACAUGGAGCUCAAUGCGAGAUAGUGUUCAUUAUGACAAGGUGCUCACUGGGACACAGAGCUCAGAGCAUGGAGCUUACAGCAGCAGGACGCUCACAGAGGCAUGGAGCUCACAAGGCACAGAGCUCGCUGCAACAGAUUCUUCUCAAGAAUUUCCUGGUACAGGGCUCAAUUCAUUUUACCUUCAAUAUUUUGAAUUCUGCUGGUAGCAUGAGAAUAGAAACAGCCCAAUACCGUGAUGCUUCCACCUCCGAACUUCAUUUUUAGAGUCGUAUGCAGAGAAAACAAUAGAGCAUUGAACAGUUUGAUCUUUGUCUCGUCUGACCUCAUUACAUUCUCCCAGUAACCUACAGGCUUCUCCAAAUGUUCUGUAGCAAGCUUGAAACGAGCUUCAACAUGCCUUUUCUACAGUAAUGGAAUCAAGGCGUGAUGGUGAAUGGAGACUGUAGCAGUAUUGCGCACUGCAUAUUGCUUUCUCUGACGACUGUACUCGCUGCUUCCAGUUCUUUCUGGAGAGCUUUUCGAGUGGUCCUCGGCUCUUGGGCUUCUCCUCUGCGUAACUUUGUCAGCCCUGUCAGAAAUCUUGCGAGGAGCUCCUGCGUGUGGCCGGUUGAUAGUCACCUAAUGGUGCUUAAAGGAACAUUUGGGAGUAAUUCUUUGGAGAGCGCUUUGCUUCUACUCAUCAUGAGAUGUUUCUUGCGCGACAGUUUGGUGACAAAUGAUUUGUUUACUUGUAUUCAGAGGUGGGUUCCCCUUUUCCACAGAGUGGACGUACUAACCUACCAUCAUACACUAACCCAGCUGAUUCUAAUUAGCACAGACUUGUCCAGCGCUAGAAGAACCAGAGAGCUGCUUCACAGAAGAAAGAAGAAGAAGAAGAAGCAGAAGGAGGAAAUGAGGUGCGUAUGAAAAAACUGGUUUACGUGAUGAAUCAUUCCAUUUAUACUUGAAUAAUGUCUCCAAGCUGCAGUUAGCGUUAGCCUAGCAGGUAUAUAUUAUUAGAAUAUAUUACUGAAACAGUGUUAACUUGAAUAACGAAGGCUGCGGUUCACUCUACAGGUAAGUAUUUAAAGACUACACCAUGUUGUUCUAUGCGUUUUGUUCACAGAGAGCUUUUUAGUGAAGCCGUGAGCAGCUGAAUGAUUUCUGAGUUUUUAAUUUAAUCUCUGAUCCAGAAUCCUAAAUUGUGGUGGUCUCCUUUACCUACCGUGUAGUGAUUAGAAAACUAUCAUGAUUCAGUGAUCCCGUGUGUGAAGCUGCUCGGUUUUGUACUCUGUAUAGCAAUAAAAAUACACAACCAUUUUAUCAUGAGAUCUGCUGGACAAUUUAAAAAUAAAUAAAUAAAUCAGAACAAAAUACCUUGUGAGUUUUUCUUUUACUUACUGUCACCUCCUUCACUUCAUCAACUGGAUUCUGUCAAGCAUCUACCGCCAUCUACUGGUGUAAUGAUGUACCAACAAGAACGUGUUGAAAAAUAUCUACUGAGGAAUAAAAAGAAAUACAUAUAAAACUAUAAACACAGAGAUUGACCAGGUUUAUGAAUGAUAAAUGACCUCCUCUUACAAUCUAGGGCUUGUAAAAGAUGACAAAAGUAUCAUAUCAUGAUAUUUUAAGGCAUUUGUAAGAUAUACAAACUGCCAGCAAAACAGAGGUGUUGAAUUUAAAGAUUUGAACAUUGAAAAAACACUUACUGCAUUUUGAGGGGAAAAAUAAAUAACAAUGUUGAUGACCCUGAUAUUAUAAAGUUCACUUGAGAGUGUUUAGCUGCUUCUCCUCUUCAGUCUGAUUUACUUCUGAUCUCCGGUCUUCAUCCAAACCUGUCUCUGUCUAUAUUUAUUCACUUGACACCAUUUUCUAAAGUUAACUAGCUAGCCCUGUAUGUAAAUAAUGUAUAUACGUAGCUAGCACAAGUUAGCCCACAAUCUCUGCUACUUCUCUGUUUCACUGCAAAACGUUUUGUUUACACACUGACUGGGUCUGUUUAUUAAAAUAAAGUUCCUGAUCUUUAUGUGUAACCCUUUCUGAAGAGUGUUGCUGUAAGAGCUGAUAAAAUCACGAUGUUAAUUUUGGGUAAUGGGUAAAGAUGAGGUAAAUUAGCCCAGGGCUGAGGUAAAUCUGGCUAGCUAGGAGAUUAGCUUGAUGGAGUUUAGCUGGCUAGUGAGCUUUUAGGAAGAGAACAGCGGGACAUAAUUGAGUAUUUCUGUACAAUAUUUCACCAUUCACACUCUGACACAUGAGUAGGUUAAUAUUAUGAACCGAAUUCCCCAUGAUAUUCAGCUGAUUUAGCUCUGAGCUCACCUUUUCAACCUUCCUCUUUCUUUCUCCCGCACUUUUCUGAGGUGAAUC